AUGGCUGAGAGAAUAUUGAAUGUUUCACAUUUUAUACAAAAAGAUCUUUUAAUUGACUUAAUAAACUCUAAAUCGAUUGGAAUGUUCAAGAGAUUUCAAAUUUCCACACAGUUUUUAACUAUUGAUCCGGCCAAUUGGAAUAAUCACGAGGACUACAUAAUAAGAAAAAACAUUAUAAACUCACUAAAAGUCGUGAAUGACACAGCUGAGAGGGGAGUCAAGCUUAUAGAAGAAUAUAACAAGAAAUUUACAAAAAAUGAAGAACAAAAACAACAUGUAUUACAGACUGUUCAAGAUUACCGGAAAAAAUAUCCGCAAAGUGACAGACAACCGCUGAAGAAACCAUUUUAG